AUGGCGGUUGCGGACGCCGGCGGAGGUCUCCUGGCGCUGGUACCUGCUGCGGAGCGCCUCGAAGGUGAGCCGCGCGCGGUGGACGAGGCCUGCGCCUGCUUAGAGCUCGAGGUGGCGCGGCGGCGGCGUGGGCUCCGCCGCCGCCUCUAUCUCUUCCUACGCUUCCUUCUCUCCACCGCGGUCCCGCACCACGGGCACCACCACCGGCGCCACCGCCUCGCCCCGACGGCCUACGCUGCCGCCGCGGCAGCUGCGGCUGAGGCCCCGCUCCCCAUGACGUCGCGCUUCGGUCGGGCCACGCGGCAACUCGGUGGUGCCGCCUCGGUGGCGCGCGUCUACGCCGAUGCCAACGCCCAGCGCCCCAAGGAGUACUGGGACUACGAGUCGCUCGACAUCCAGUGGGGGAAGCAGGAUGGGUAUGAGGUGCUGCGGAAGGUGGGGAGGGGGAAGUACAGCGAGGUGUUCGAAGGGUUCUGGGCCAGGAGCGAUGAGAGAUGCGUCAUUAAGAUCCUGAAGCCCGUGAAUAAGAAGAAGAAGAUCAACUUUAUAAAGAGGGAAAUAAAGAUACUUUACAACUUAUAUGGAGGGCCUAACAUUGUAAAACUACUUGAUAUUGUCAGAGAUGAUGAAUCAAAGACACCUAGUCUGAUCUUUGAACAUGUCAACAACACUGACUUCAAAGUACUCUACCCUGCGUUAUCUGAUUAUGAUAUCAGAUACUAUAUUUUUGAAUUAUUGAAGGCAAGAAUCUGAACCUCGAAAGUGCUCAUAUCUCUUGCUUAUAUGGUCUUGUUCAUGGUUCAGCUAUUUCAUUUUUUGUUUCUUUUUCAUGAUAUACCUGUUUGAUUCUGAGGACCUUUGCAAUCAAUGUAAAAUUAAAUUCUAUUAUUUUUCUUGCAGGUCACUGACCUUAGAAAUUCUAUGAGUUCCAUUAGGCUGAUAAGUAUGCUUUGAUUUAUGUUAUUUUAGCUAAUAUAGUUUAUAAAUAUAAGGCAUAUCGUAACAGAGGUAAACCUCUUAAUGCCAUGCAACUUACUUGGUGUAACUUGUUAGCCCCUUUGAUCUUAUUGUGCACACAGAAAAAAGAUAACUAAUUUUAUGAAAUAGUUCCUUGCCUUUGUUUGCAAAAGUACUUUGGCCGAUAAGCUGGUGUUGACUAAUCAUUGUAUGUUGAUUAGUGAAUAUUAGAAUAUGGUACCUCUGCAUCUGUUUGGAGCUUUAGAUGCUCUCUAUUGAGUAUUGAGUCACUUAUGGAACAACAAUUGAACCUGCAGAAAAUAAUGCAGAUGACUUACAAUACCUUAUUUUCUUGAAUAUCACAGUUCGUAAAUUAUUAUUAGAUUAUGAUUAGUCAUUGACAUAUACUCCCUCUGUCCACAAAAGAAUGCAACUAUGACAUUUGUGCCCGUUUAAGUAGUUCAAAUUUGACCAAGUUUACAGUGAAUAGUAUUUACAUUUAUGUCUUCAAAUCAGUUUAUUAUGAAAGAUUGAAAGUAUAUUUCAUAUGAUCUAAUGAUAUUUAUUUUGUACCAUAAAUGUUAGUAUUUUUUCAUACGAUUAUGGUUAAACUUGAAAGCAUUUGGUUUCUCGAAAUGCGAAAAUUGCAUUAUUUUGUGGGUGGAGAGAGUAAUAUCAUUCCUGUAAACCAAAUUUAGAUAUGCAUGAUCAAGUCAAAUUCACAUGAUGGGCAGAAUUUGAACGACAAUAUAGAUGUUUAGAGUCUGGACAAAAAAACAAAUUGAUUCCUUUAUGUAUCUAGACAACCAUCGUAAAGACCAAACAGAUGCAUAGCAUGGUGCUAUGAUGUAUUUUUUUCAUGUUCAGUUUAUCAUGUGACCUAAUAUGGGCUAAUAAGUUCAGUUUUCUUGAGGAUAGCUAACUGUUUUACAGUUUUGCAACUUCAACGUUCAACCAUUUUAUUUCUGUCAGGCUGCAUUGGACUUGAUGGUCUUAACUUUUCCAGAUAUUUGUGUAGGCACUAGAUUACUGAUUACUGAUAGCGCAAGAACAGCUCGAUAUGGGAGUGUAAAGGUUGGGAGGAGGCAUGGACAUAGGCUGGAAAUGCCUUUGGAAUUAUUGAGAGCUUGGGGAGACACGGCCCAUGUGGUGAAGGGAAUAUGUGAAAGGCAGAUUGCUUACUCGUCGCUGGAGAGAGAGAUUUGUCUUGUUGGGGUUAAACAAAUCAUGUUACUUAUUGCAAUUAUCAUGUUAACAUACCAUCUUCUUUGGUCGUUUCUGGUGCUAGCAUACCUUCUGGUUAACAUAUCAUGUUACUUAUUGCAAUUAUCACUUGUCUUGCAGACAGGCAAUUGAAAAAGAGAAUUGAUCUUUUUUAUGGGUGAAGUGUUGAAGAUGGCUUUGGUGAAGGAAAUGUCUUGUUAGCAUCAAGUAAGUGGCGACAUCACAACCCCUACAAGCUUGUGCCUUAAAAUAAGAGGAUACAAGAAGUUGGAGUGCUUUUGUGAAGGCUUUUACGAAUCACUUAAAGCGUUAGUACUUUUGUGAAUGAUUUUGUAAAGUGUUUGCAAAUAUGUGCAAAACAUAAUAACAUGUGUAGGUUUUGUGAAUGA